AUGCAGCAGCCAGUGGCUGGUGACAGGAGCACAGCAGUUCCCUCGCAGCAUUCAUUGAAGCCCAGCCUCGCUGCUGACUCGCACUGUGCACACCGUCUCAUCGAGGAUCCCGAGUGGUCCCUCACCACUGUCCCCUGCCUCACCGAGCUCUGCCUCCAGCACAUCGUGCACAAUUUUGAAAAGAACCCUAUUUUGGACCGUCUUUUGCCUGAACACCAAAGGAAAGUACUAGACAGGCUCCCUACUGGCCUUCCACUCACUGUCACUGCCAAUAUAAUAAGCGACGAGGACUACUGGAAGAGGUGCUGCACCAAGCGCUGGCAAGUGUGUGACAUCUCCAGCUAUGGAGGCAGCUGGAAAAGGAUGUUCCUCGAACGUCACCUGGAGAACAUCCUGAAAUGUUUCAUCCCCAACACCACGGACCCCAACCAGGUCCUAGAGCUCAUCCCGCUCUGCAAAGACUAUGUGCGGAAACUGGAGGUUGACCAGUUCCUGCCACCAUUGGAGGUGGAUCAAAAUGAGCAGAGGGAUGACCUCUCUAAGUCAGAGAGUAAUAUGGAAUUCAGCGAGGCCUCCGUGCACCACUAUGACCUGAGAGUCCUCGUUACUGCUCUCCCUCACCUUGAAGAGCUUCAUCUCACUUACGGUGUGAAGGACUGUGGCAUGAACUUCGAGUGGAACCUCUUUAACUUCACCUAUCAGGACUGCUGCAACAUAGCUGCUGCCGUGAAGAUGUGCCAGAACUUGAAAGUUUUCAAGCUGACGCAAAGCAAAGUGGAUGAUGACAAGACCAGGCUGCUGGUCCAUAACUUGCUGGAUCACCCCUGCCUGGUGGAGCUGAACUUGUCCCACAAUCUCAUCAGGGACAAGGGGGCACAAGCUAUUGCCAAGUUGAUCAAACACAGCAAAUUAGAAACCCUCGACCUCUGUAACAACCAGAUCCAUGACGUGGGGGCUCAGGCUCUUGCUCAAGCCCUGGCAGAAAGCUCCACUCUGACCUCCCUGAAUCUGCGCCUCAACUGUGUGGAGGACAAAGGAGGUGAGGCCCUCGGCCGUGCCCUGCUGACCAACACCACCCUGCAGUCUCUCCACCUGGGAAGCAAUAAGCUGUCAGAGCCAACCGCUGCACUCUUCUCCCAGGUCCUGGCUCAGAACACUACCCUGACGAGCAUCAACUUCUCAUGCAACCACCUGGGGCUGGAUGGUGGGAAGCAGAUGCUGGAAGGGCUAGCAGGUAACAAGGUUCUGACUGAGUUCGACCUCCGCACGGCAGGGGUGGGCCAGGAGACCGAGUACCUUGUUCAUCAGAUCCUGUGGGCCAACCGGGAAGCAGCACAGCUGGAGUCCCUGCAGCAGUCCAGAGAGCAGUGA